GUGACUUUUGCGCAACAUAAACCUGCGCCGCCGUGACUCUUCGGUGACAAGUGUGUUACUUGGGCAGAUUCCCCGUCGAAUGAACCGUAGGUCAUUAAAAUCGGUUCAGGUUUACUGCCAAAAAGCGAUGUGAGUUUUUUUUGUACACACACAUACACACAUACACACACAUACAUACACAUACACAUACAUACACACAGACAUCACCUCAAUUCGUCGAGCUGAGUUGAUUGGUAUAUGUGACUCGACCCUCCGGGCCUUCUAUCGAAAAGUCAUUUUUGGAGUGAACAUAUAGCCUUUCCUGUACACUUAGUGUACGAGAAAGGCAAAAAAACGUUACGCUUAAUCAGAAAAAAAAUGGGAACUUUUAUUUUGAAUAGCUCGUUUACCGUUCGCCUACGAACCGAUUAUCAAUGUUCUUUCAAGGAUCUUCGGCUUUUCUACUUUUAUUUUAUAUAAUAUUCAUGUUUUUAGGGAUGCUUAUUUUUUCCCCAGAAUAGCGUGAGUGAGGAACGUUCAAAAAAAUGAUAUAUUUUUUAUUUGCAUAUCAGAUUUAAGUCGUGAUAACAUUGAAUGACAGCAAAAUGGGAUUUCUUCUAAUAAGGCAUAAUGCACAGGUAAUUCGAAAUAUUCGCAACUAACUUGAGUAUCCCUAGCUACGAUCAAUUGCGGCUCUCGACGAACUAGCGUUCAAGUGCUUUUGUCAAGCAUCAUAGAGGGUUGGAUUUUUCAGCAAAGUUCUUUUGAUUAGUUGGUACUACAUUCUUACAUCUUUGGUUUCUACCUAGAUAUUCUUUAACAGAUCUAUAUCAAUUGUAUCUUUCGAUAUGAUUUUGUGUUCUUAUUCUGAUGUUGAUCUAGAUUGGCUGUUACUGCUCUAGACAUUUUUGUCUCUUUGAAUGUCUCUCCAGAACACUAGGAUUUGCAUCCUAGAGGGUUGCAUUCUUCGCAAAGUUCUUUUGGUUCAUUGUUGCUACAUUUUACAACUUCGGUUUUGGUAUAGAUCUGCUGCAACUGAUCUAGAUAAGUUUAUUUCUUUUGAUAUACCUCUCCAGAGCUAUAGAUAUUUUGUUAGGUGGUAGUCUUUGCUAAAGUGCUACGUCUUCUGUUUGGAUCUUGAUCUGCCUUUUAUGAUCUAGAUCAGUUUUAUCUCACUCUAGAGCUCUGGACAUGCAUCUUGGAGGGUUGUGGUCUUCAGAAAAUCAUACUUGGUUAUGUUAUCCAACUGUUGAUAAUGGAAGUAACUAGUAUUUCUCUUGUAGACUUUCAAGGCUCAUACAUUUUCAAAUAUAUUCUGUGAGAAUUAUCGAUUAAGUGACAUUGCUUUUUAUAACGGAAACAGCUAAUGUCACGAGUAUGGACUGAAGUUCGGAUCUCUAGGGUUGUUUGCAUGAUACUUCAAAAAUGUGUAUGCAAAGUUUACAUUAGAAACAACUGUUUAAAAGCUGUAUGUAGAAGCUUCGGAUCUAACUCCAAGUCAGUUUGGACAACUUUGAAUAUUCCAAAAGUAUUCAACGAAAUCUAUUUAAAGGUCCAAAAAUCAAAGCUGAUUCUGCAAUGUAACUCUGUAUUGUGUAUAUGAUAAUCAUUAUAAGUGUAGAUCUAAAGUUCUGUUCUUCAGAAUAAUUUGGUUGGCGUGUAAUAUUUGCCAACAAUAGUUUCUGUGUAGUGUAGUGUAGACCUGUAGUUCUGAACAGAAGGGUUAUUAGGCUGAUUUAGUGAAAAAAUGCGAAAUGAAAAAUUUCGUUCUUAUGACUAAAUCUCACAGUCCAUCAGUGUUUUUUUAACAGCCAAGCCCCUAUAGGGCACCGCACUGUUUUGAUUUUGUAUGGGAUUUUGACGUUUCGUGGCCUUGUUGUUUACAAAAUGUCUGUAAGAGUGAAAGAGAAGGAGAUAAUUUCAUGCACUGCCCUAUUAAGUAAAUACAAAGAAAGAUCCUCAGCUCCGUAAAGCGUUAUACGCGAUUGAGCCCCAAAUAAAUGAACUAGAUAAAAAAAAACCCUAAUUAAUCCACCUAGCGGUGAUGGUGCCUUUCUCGUGCUUUAAAAUAUCCUUUCUACAAAACUCAAGUGACGUGUUGAUGACAUUGACAUAAAUACAAAAUUUAAACUGCUUGCUAAAUCUACUCAAUAUGGAUACAUUUUAUAUUAGCAUAACAUCCAAUAUUCAGAAAAUAUAAGACAACGGUCCAAAAUUCAAACCAAACAAGUGUCAUGAUGCCGCAAAAUUUCGCAACGUCAUUUUAGAUUUUCCGGUCAUCAUUUUUUGACUCCGGAUAUCUACCCCAACUAAACUAAGCGCCAUCUUGAAUACUGAGACACCAUCUUGGAUGUUCUGGUAUUCAUUUUUGGACUCUGCACCUAAAAUUACAUAAAAUAGUCACCGCAUUGAAUUUUGGCAUGCCGUUUAUGAUUUUCUGGUUACCUGUUUUGGACGAAGACCGGCAUCCAUCCCAUUCAAACUAUAGUCAUAUUGCAGACCUUGUGAAACAGCGCACAGCUUGGGUUUUCUGAUUACAAAUUUUGAAUCCUGGACAUAUUUCUUUACAAAAUAUGCCCAUAAUGCAAGAAUUUGAAAUCCUAUAAAAUAGGCGCUAACUUGAAUACUGGGCCAUUAUCUUGGAUUUUGGACCGCUAUCUUGGAUACUUUGGUGGACUCCGAACAUAUUUCCCAUACCAAAUACAUUUAUUUUACACAGUUUUAGAGCUCAAAAUUCCUUAAAACAGCCGCCAUCUUCUGCUGACGCGAUCAAAUUCUUAUUUUUCCAUUUAACGUACUAUAAAUUUACACCCUAGUAAUCUGGAAUGGUACGAUUUGAUGAGAUCGCUUUAGUUUUGCCUAUAUUUUGUUUUCUUUCAUAUAUGAGAACAUAGACAUAUUCGUCACUGUUGUUCAUACCUAACGUUUAUCAGGCCAUUAAACAAAGCCACGAUUUAAUUUUUCACAUGAACGUCAGUUCUGCUACACAACAGCUAGUCUCUAAUGUGAUCUAAGGCUAUUUUCUUGCUAACCGUUCAUUAGAUUAUCAAAAAAUCUGCGAUCUGAUGUGUCGUAUGUCUGGGUUUGGUUCAUUUUUUAUAUUUGGUAAUUUCCGGUGGUAUACCCGGAGCUGAUUCCAUGACACUACCGUUUGUCCCAAUUAUGGUCUGAGAUUAUUUUAUUACUAAUUCUUCACUUUUACCUAAUCACCGCGAUUUGAUAUAUCGCAUGUAUGGGUUUGAUUCACUUUUACUUUUAACUACUUUCGAAGCCACAGCUGAACCCGCAACACUACCGGGUAUCUAAUGUGGUCUAACCCUAUUUUUCCAUCAGGUUGUCGAUAAGUCGUGAUCAGUCUUGUUAGAGAUCACAGUCAUUUGAACCUUAUCGUCGAAGUUCGGCCUUCCUUUGUCUUCGACAUUCGCAACACAAGCAAUCAAACUACUGUCCGAAACAAAAAUGUCAAACAAAGAGACGGUUCGGUUUUUGUUAUUCCUGUCUUCUUCCAUAAUAAGAGCUAUGUUGCCCAUCUGUGUGUCGUAUUCCAUGCAACAUGUAAGAAUAAACUAAUAUUAACAUUCAUAAUCUGAAUUGGCUGAAAAUCUAUGCGUAAAUCUAGAAUUAGACAAAUGUCAUCGUAUCAGAUGACAUUAAUUUGGCCCUUUCUUAUGUUUAUUGAUCGCACAAAUGUAACAAAGCAAGCUGACACCGCAUCCAUGGGUUUGGUUAAAUUUUACAUUUUACUACCCGGAUCUGAUUCCGGGUAACUACCGGUUGAACCAAAUAUGGUCUGACACUAUUGUCUUGUUAACUGUUCAUCGGUUAACCAAAAACGCUGCAAAUUGAAGGUGUCACAUGCACAAUUCCGGAACACUACCAGUUGUCUCCAGUGUGAUCUAAGGUUAUUUUCUUGCUAACUGUUCAUCAGGUUAUCGCAAAAGCCACGAUUUGAUGUGUCAGGUAAUCUAUAAAGCCGCUAUUUGAUGUGACGCAUGCACGGGUUUGUUUCUCUUUCAGAUUUGACCACUUCGGUGGGAACCCCGGAACCGGUUCCGGAACACUACUGGUUCAGAUAUGGUCUGAGAUGAUUUUCCUGCUCAUUGUCCAUCAGGUCAUCGAAAAUGCCGUGGUUUGAUGUGUCGCAUGCAUGGGUUUGGUUCAAUUGUAUGUUUUGCCACUUCCAGCGGGACGCCUAGAACCGGUUCCGGAACACUACCGGUUCAGAUAUGCUCUGAGAUAGUUUUCCUGCUCAUUGUCCAUCAGGUCAUCGAAAAUUCCGUGGUUUGAUGUGUCGUAUGCAUAGGUUUGAUUCAAUUGUAUGUUUUGCCACUUCCAGCGGGACGCCUAGAUCCGGUUCCGGAACACUACCGGUUCAGAUAUGAUCUGAGACUAUUUUCCUGCUUACCGCUCACCAGGUUAUCGAAAAUGCCGUGGUUGGAUGUGUCGCAUGCAUGGGUUUGGCUCACUUGUAUGUUUGGCCACUUCCAGCGGGACGCCUAGAACCGGUUCCGGAACACUACCGGUUCAGAUAUGCGCUGAGAUGGUUUUCCUACUCAUUGUCCAUCAGGUCAUCGAAAAUGCCGUGGUUUGAUGUGUCGCAUGCAUGGGUUUGGUUCACUUUGAUAUUUGGCUACUUCCGGCGGGACACCCGGAACCGGUUCCGGAACACUACCGGUUCAGAUAUGGUCUUAGACUAUUUUUCUGCUUACUGUUCAUCAGGUUAUCGAAUAUGCCGUGGUUUGAUGUGUCGCAUACAUAGGUUUGAUGCAUUUUCAUAUCUGGUCCCUUCCUGGGGUACCGUUCCGGAACACCUAAAUGGCCAUAUCUCCGGAACGGCUGGACCGAUCCGAACCAUUUUCAAUAGGAAACAAUGGGACCAGAUUCCGCGUCGAAUGAAUCGUCGGUCAUUAAAAUCGGUUGAGGUUUACUGCCAAAAAGUGAUGUGAGUUUUUUGUCCACACACAUACACACAUACACACACACACACAUACACACAUACAUACACACAGACAUCAACUCAAUUCGUCGAGCUGAGUCGAUUGGUAUAUGUGACUCGACCCUCCGAGCUUUCUAUCAAAAAGUCAUUUUUGGAGUGAACAUAUAGCCUUUCCAGUACACUUAGUGUACGAGAAAGGCAAAACAGCCAAGCCCAAAAUCUGACCGAUGUUGAUCUCAAUUGACCAACCUGUUAUACCAGUGCGUAGUUGGGAAACUACUAAUUAUGGUGCGUAAUUCACCACACGGUAGUUGUUUACCGUACGCAAUUGAUAUAUCAUCGAUCUACCACCCCAUUGGAAAGAUUUAUGGCACUAGUAUCCCACAGCAAAGCAAGCACCUUUUAACCGGACUUGAUCCCAUUCAGUGCCUCUAUUCAUACAUCGGCUUCCACAGCGCCACGUUGAUUCUGGGUGCAGUUUGUGAAUGAGACUCUCAACCAGCGACCUCCUUGUCGAAAACCUCUGAUCUGAUCCACUUCCAAGCAAACACCACUUGCUCUUGGACUCGGGUGGAAGUUUUUUCCCCUCAAUCCACCAAGCCCCAGAGAUUUAAGAUUGUAACGCUCCGACGUGGCUCUUACUUGACACAUCUACCGGAUCGUUAGCAGGCAGCCAGGCAGCCAGCCACACGGAGCAGCACACUUGUUGGCGGAGCGGAUCGAUGUUGUGCCCUCUAUUCAGUCAAUGGAAUUAACAGUGACGGCGAUGGUACGCGCUAACUCAAUACCUUUAUGCGUUCUCGUUCACAAGAUUUGAAUAGAUUCUUUAAUUAUGUCAUGGACGAUUAUUUAGACACUGAGUGGAGCUUUUGCGCUGGAUGCAUGUAUUGAAUGCUUAUGCACAUAUAUGAAUAAUAAUUAUGCUUUAAUGAAUUGAAAAGCAUGUUCGAUUCAUCAUUGAGCUUUCAGCGAGAGAAGGAACUGACCAUGGCAUUGAUGUUGGAUUUGACGUUCGGUGUGAACUCAUAGUAAAAUUUGCAAUAUAUCCUUCCUAAGCAAUGGAAGUGAGUGCCAAGGUUGUCCAAAUAACCAUUGAAUUGUAAUGUAGAGUAAUGUGGUUGUAGAACACAACACUAAGCGAAGCAGAGUGUCUUCCAGAUGGGAACUUUUGUUGAAGCAGAUAGAUUUUGUAUUGUUAAAUGCUAAAUUGUACGAUAAACUUUUGGUGGUCAAACUAUAGGUACUGAAUAUAUUUUAUGGUUUACCUUGUACUCUUGCUGUUCGUUUCCUUAGGAGUCAUUUGGUGUCAUACUUGAACUUUAAAACCAGUCCCCUGAAUCAUAAACUAGAGCCGGUCCAAAAAGCAGCUAACAAUAAAAAUAUCCAUAAGCUAGCUUCCACUCCCAAACCCCAAACAAAUACUCGUCGUAACCGACACCUUUCCGCCUGUCGAAUUUUUCGUUGAAUCACAGUUGGAAUCACUGACCUAUUGAAGAGCACCUCUCAGCGCACAGUCAUCAUUACAACCCCAAAAAAGAGUAUAAUUGCACUGCACUAAAUAUACGUCUAAUUGCAGAAGCUCAUUACGCGCCUACCACCCCAGCAUGCAUCGCAUCGCUUCGGCUGCGGGCGAGGGUGAGGCCAAGGGAUUCAUCUCUCGGUCAGCUCAGCCUCAACAUAGUGUAGUGUUACAAUUGCAUCACAGCAUGUAGGUGAAAUUGCUCAUCGCGCGCACCCCGGGGGAGUGUGGAGAGUGUGCCCUCCACCCAGCAGCCCAGAGGCCCAAUUGGUGUGGUGAUUUAACGGACAGUCAACAGCCAUUACCCUUACAGGUACCUGCCUACCAGUGCCAGUGGAAUAGGUGAAACGAAAAAAAAAAUCAGCCCAGCAGACGACCAAAACUCCGCGGUUUGUGUUUAAUUAGCUUCCAUCAGAUGUUAAAAAGUGCUACGCGAGCAUUUAUUGCGGAUGGCUUUCGCUUUGUUGGUUAACGACCUCACCCCGUCCACAGCGGCUGGCUGGUACUGUGCGGCUUGCAGCGUGGAGAAGUGCAGUGCAAGGAGCAGCCCGGAGCUGCUCAAAAAGGGCAGUAAGUUCCAAUUAUUGCAAUAGUCACAAUUUGCGCUUAAAAUGGAUCAUCAAUUGUCGGUGUAGUACCCUAAAUGGGCAUAUAACACAUCGUAUGACCUUUUACCAUCAGCGCGAAGGAACUGUGCUCCAGUUUUUUCUGUUCCAAUAUUUGGAUCAGUCAAAUUUUGUGCAAUUACUCUGAUGACUACAACCACAGCAGCGGAGAUCAAUGGAAUUUUUUCCUCCUAACCUGAAACGUUACUUCCGAUGACGGAGGUACUUCCAGUAACUACCGACAAAUUGCAUCGAUGGAUGGAUGAUAGCCCUGCUUCGCCUUGAUCCUCUUUUUUGUGUGCCCACACAGGAGCUGGAAGGGGCUUGCUGGGAACAGUUUGGAACUCAUCGGUUGAUGCAGUUCUGUCUUCUGUUUUGGGGCUUCAUUCUGAAAUUCGCCUUUGCAGUCCACUUUUGAUAUUUUCGUUUGCUUGCUCGGUGUAAUUUGAAUACGGAUAGGGGCGAUUAUCGUCACCGUUUUGAAAUGUGUGGCUUGCGACUGUGCACUGGAAGGCUUUUUUUUUGUUUGGGGAUGACUAAUCGAAUGUAAUGGAUUACCGAGUCAAUUGAAAUAACACUUACCAGAUAGUGUCUAAUCCACAUUUUAAGCUUUAGGCCCUACCCCCAUCAUAUCAUUAGGGUGGCGCGUGCAUGCAUGAAAGAUACUGUUAGGAUUAGAAAUAUUUCAACACAAUAUUUAAAUUUAAAUUUCGCUAUAGAAUCCAGCUUCUACCAAAAUUGCGUAUUGCAACGCACUCUCACAUUCUAUUGUGUAAAAACGCACUCGCAUUCCAUAAGCUAAUUAGGCGAUUUUGAGCUUCCUUUUUUCGCUGUCGCCCAACUAGACCGGUCACCAGCACAGUAGUGUAGAUAGAUAUAGUUAAUAAACCACAGUGAACUCAGCCACAUGCAAAUAAAGUGCCUCUUUUAGUGCAAAAUAAAUUCGGUUUUCGAUCAGUAAUCGCGUCGUUUUAUGUGCCCAAGUGAUUCUCCGAAAAUUACGCCCGUGAUUUCGACCCCGUUCAGAACAUUUUGGUGCCGUGACCAGGAUCACGGGUGUGUGAAAAUCACUUUCUGGAUCGUGUACUUCGACGCUAACACCUAACCCCAUCACCCGUCGGGAGGAUUUCCCGAAGGAUUGCAGUACCGUACAACCAUACAAGGCCUGUUUUUGGACAGGUACAUGUGAGUAUCUGUCCAUUAUUUCCCAUCCCCAUUGUACGGUGCUUCCUUGGUGUUUUUUUGGAUCGAUUUCAGUCCAUUUCUGGUGUGAUUGCUGCUGGGAGACACGAGGUUGUUGCUGCUGUUGCUGUGGAUGGUUGCCCAUUCCCCCCACUGGAUUGAAACUGGUUGUUGCUGUUGCUGCAGUGAUAGCACCACCGCCGGUGCUAAAUUGAAUUAAAUUAUCUAAUCAUCGUUCGGCUGAUAUCCUGCCGAGCCGCUUUGUAUGCACGCGAGCGGAUAGUCCACGUCCGUGGAUUAGCAUCGUGUUCGAGGUUCCUGCUAUAAAGAUAACACAAGGCCUGUCUUUGGACAGGCACAGCUCCCAUUUGGAAGUCGUCCGGCGCACACUAUGUCGGAGAAGAAGAUGAAGCAGAAGGAGCUCAAGCGUCGGAACAUCAUGGACUCGAUCGCCCGCAUCGAUGAGUUCCUGAUCAACUUCAAUCCCGAACGAGACACCAAGGAGGUAGCGAUACGAUUGGCUAGAUUGGACAAGCUGAUGGAGAACUUCGAGGACAUUCAAGGUGAAUAUGAAACUUUCGAUGAUUCCAAUGAAUUCGUGAAGAGCAAUAUGAGCAUUAGGGCAAAGGUAGAAGAGCAGUAUUUUCGGGUUAAAGGUGGUCUUACGUCGCUGCAACCUCCUCCCGCAGCAGUCCCAAUACCGACGGCGGUUCCGUCGGCACCGGCAGUUUCCCACUCGAUCGGCGUGAAGCUUCCGACGAUUACGCUGCCGCAAUUUGAUGGUGACCUGAACGACUGGUUGACGUUUCACGAUUCCUUCAGUUCCUUGAUACAUUCUUCCGGGGAUAUUCCUUGCAUCCAAAAGUUCCAGUAUCUCCGUUCCGCACUGAAGGGCGAUGCGCUGAAGCUAAUUGAAUCCCUGACAAUCACCGCCGCGAACUAUAGUGUUGCUUGGCAAUCUCUGCUAAACCGUUAUUCCAACAAGUAUUUGUUGAAAAAGAAACACCUGCAAGCGAUUACGUUUCCCCCAAAAUCGCUUUCCAAAUCCGCUUCCAAACUCUGUGUCGUUGUAGAGGAAUUUCAACGGCAUGUUAAAAUUUUGGAACAGUUGGGUGAACCAACAGCUCAAUGGAGUAGUUUGCUGGUUCAAUUACUUUGCUCCAGGGUUGAUGAGCAAACCCUCAGAGAUUGGGAAGAGUACGUUUCCGCUGGUAACGAUCCCACGUACACCAAUCUGGUUGAAUUCCUCACCAAAAAGAUACGCACUCUGGAAUCUCUAUCGAUCAAUGCAGAUCAUUUCGCACUAUCCAGCCCAAACAAGCACAGUCCCCCCUCAAAGCCUUUGAAGUCGUCCCAAGGUCCCCCCUCGUCUAGGAUCAAUAGUUAUGCUGCAACGGAAAACUACCUACCUGGAUGUCAUGCAUGUAGCCAACAACAUCUGUUGGUGAAAUGUCCCGCUUUCGAGAAAAUGCCGCUGAAGGAUCGGUUGAAUUUGGUCAAUGCCAAGAAGAUUUGCAGCAACUGCUUCCGCGGAGACCACUUCGUCCGCAAAUGCUCCUCCAAGUUUUCGUGUCGUAUUUGCCAGAAAAGACACCACAGUUUGCUGCAUCCUGGGUUCGACUCGUCAACGAACGGUAAUGGAAAUUUGAACUCCGGUCAAGGUCAACCACCUCAGUCAACUAGCGUGGCACGAUGUGAAAUCGAGACGACCUCAGUGCCAACUGAACAAUCCAUAUCUUCCAACUCGGUGUCUGAUCCUCACAGUGUGAAUGUGUUCUUGUCUACCGUCGUACUUAUCAUUGUUGAUGGGUACGGGAGAGAGCACUUUGCUCGGGCGUUAUUGGACUCGGGUUCGCAAUGCUGUUUGAUGAGUGAACGACUCUGCCAACAAUUGCGAUUGGUUCGCCGCCGAAUCAACCAGCCCAUCUUCGGUGUCGGUGAAGCGCAGAUUCGGGCUGUUGGCUCGGUUAGUACCGAAGCUCGAUCACGAUUGGAGAAGUUCGCUGUACCAUUAGAUUGCCUGGUUCUUCGUAACAUCACAACAAAUCUGCCUGCUGUUACGAUCCCGAAGAACAAUUGGUCCAUUCCUGAGGGCAUUAACCUCGCCGACCCAGACUACAACGUGUCUCGCAAGAUUGACCUGAUUAUCGGUGCUGAACACUUCUACACCUUCCUGAAAGGUGACCGGAUAAAUUUGGGAGAGUCAUCGCCGACACUUGUGGAAAGCGUGUUUGGAUGGCUUGUAUCUGGGAAAUCGUCGUAUGCUCCAAUUACCCACCCCCCUCUGUGUCAUAUAUCCACCCUAGAAUCGCUAGACAGAAACAUCGAGAAGUUUUGGCAAGUAGAGGAAGUUGACACGAAGGUUCUGUCCCCAACAGAGCAGUACUGUGAGGAAUUCUACAAGCGGACGGUAUCCAGAGAUCCCUCUGGUCGGUAUGUGGUCCAAUAUCCCAAAAAGGAGGAUUUUUCUCGAAUGAUUGGCGACUCCUACCCCACUGCAUUGAGGCGGUUGGAAGGCCUUGAACGUAAGCUGGACAAGAAUGAGCCCCUGAAGGAAAGGUAUCAAGCGUUUAUGGCAGAAUUCAUCAACCUUGGGCACAUGCGUGCAAUCCCCCCCGAAGAGAAACUGCCCCCUGCGACGUGCUUCCUCCCCCACCACCCGGUUGUGAAGGAGUCAAGUUCGACCACGAAGGUUCGUGGUGUAUUUGAUGCAUCCGCAAAAACCAGCUCAGGCUAUUCCCUCAACGAUGCCCUAAUGGUCGGCCCGGUUCUACAAGACGAGCUGUAUUUGAUUGUUCUUCGGUUCAGGAGGUACAGAAUAGUUCUACUGGCAGACAUCGAGAAGAUGUACCGUAUGGUCCGCAUGCACCCUGACGAUCAGCCCCUCCAAUGCGUACUGUUUCGGUUUUGCAAAGAUGAUCCCAUCACCAAGUACGCUCUCACCACCGUAACGUAUGGAUUAUCCCCGUCGUCGUUUUUAGCUACACGAACGCUCCACCAGUUAGCCGACGACGAAGGCAGUUCAUUCCCACUCGCAGCCGAAGCCCUAAAGCAGGAUUUUUAUAUGGACGAUUUCAUCCGAGGAGAGAAUACCAUCGACAGAGCUGUGCGUUUACGACAAGAGAUGACGGAGCUACUCAACCGUGGAGGCUUUCGGCUGAGAAAAUGGUGUUCCAAUUUCCAGGAGGUCCUUGAAGGAGUACCAGAGGACGACUUAGCCACUCAAUCCAACCGAACAUUUGACCCUGACGAGACGAUCAAAACUUUGGGACUCAGCUGGGAACCAUCAACCGAUCAGUUUCGCUUCGACGUCAACGUAGGAAUGAAGGAUGGACCGAUUACAAAGCGCAAGAUUUUGUCGGAGAUUUCGCGUUUGUAUGAUCCACUUGGAUUGAUUGCACCGAUAGUAGUGAGGGCCAAGAUAAUGAUGCAGCAAUUGUGGAUGCUUUCGCUGGAAUGGGAUGAGGAGGUACCCGUCGAAAUACAAGCCAAAUGGACGGCGUUUGUCACCGAACUACCGGCCUUAUCUAGUUUCCGACUGGAUCGCUAUGCUUUUGAGGAAGGGGAUGUGCAACUGCACUGCUUUGCAGAUGCAUCUGAUGCCGCUUACGGGGCUUGUGUUUAUGUGCGUACUACUGGGAUCAACGGAAAUGUGAAGGUCGAGCUGCUCACUUCGAAGUCCCGAGUGGCGCCACUCAAAAAACGUAGCAUUCCCCGUUUGGAAUUGUGUGCUGCGCAAAUUGCUGCUCAUCUUACGUCGAAGGUUCGCAUUGCUCUUGGGAUUGAAGCGGUUUCCGUUUGGUACUGGUCAGAUUCAAUGGUGGUUCUCCAUUGGCUCCGUUCCCCGCCACAAGCAUGGAAGACUUUUGUAUCGAACCGUGUAUCAGACAUCCAAAUCCUAACCCACGGAUCCAAAUGGCGACACGUAUCCGGGAUGGAAAAUCCCGCGGACCUGGUAUCGCGGGGCAUGGCAGUUGAGCAGUUUACGUCGAGUCAACUUUGGAGACACGGACCUGACUGGUUGCGGGAGGGAGAGGACCUCUGGCCACAACAGAAAGUUGGUUUAAACGAGUCGGACAACGAUGAGCUACUAGAGCGGAAGAUAACCAGCUUCGCAAUUCAGACCCCACCCCCACCUAAUCCAAUAAUCACCCGAUUUUCUUCGUACCACCGACUAGUUCGAACAGUUGCUUAUUGCUUUCGUUUCGUCAACAAUACCCGAAUGAAGCAAAAGGUAAACUCAGGGUUCUUGUCCACCGAAGAGCUCGACCACUCAGUGCUUGCCCUGGUCAAAAUGGUUCAAACUGAGUGCUACCAAGCUGAACUCCGUGCUUUGAAAAAGGGACAGACAGUUGCAACUCAAUCCAAUUUGAAGCUGUUGAACCCAUUCGUCGAUCCAUCCGGCAUAAUACGAGUCGGUGGCCGGUUGCGACUCUCUGCUCAGCCCUAUGGAACAAAGCACCCGAUAUUGCUACCUGGCUUUCACCAUUUUACCAAACUGCUCCUAACGUCCUAUCACCGCAAGCUGCUGCACGGCGGUAUUUCGCAUACACUAGCUGUUGUGCGGAACGAAUUUUGGCCAACCAACGGAAGAAGGGCAGUUCGUAGUACGAUAUGGAAUUGCCACCGCUGCACACGUGUCAAUCCUCAUCCAAUUAGGCAACCGGUAGGUCAAAACCCAUCUGCCCGAAUCACACCUAGCCGCCCAUUCUCUUCAACCGGCAUUGAUUACUGCGGACCGGUGUUCGUUAAAUCCAAAAUACGCAGAUCUGCUCCAACCAAAGCCUAUAUAGCACUGUUCGUAUGUUUCAGCACUAAGGCUGUUCAUAUUGAACUAGUCGGAGAUUUGUCGACGCAAUCCUUUCUCUCUGCUCUACGGAGAUUCAUUGCUCGUCGUGGGUUACCCGAACACAUAUAUUCGGAUAAUGCCACAAACUUUGCUGGGGCAAAACACGAACUUCAUGCUCUCUACCAAAUGCUCAAUAACCGAACCGAAAAUGCUCGUAUCGCUACCUGUCUCGCAACGAAUGGGAUCAAUUGGCAUAUGAUCCCCCCUCGUGCUCCAAACUUCGGCGGCCUCUGGGAGGCUGCAGUUAAAGUGGCUAAAAAGCACCUCGUUCGUCAAAUUGGGAUUAGUUCGUUGCUGCAAGAGGACCUGGAAACAGUGUUGGUGCAAAUCGAGGGAGCCAUGAACUCCCGUCCUUUGGUCGCUUUAUCGGAUGACCCCAACGACCUUGAAGCGCUCACACCGGGGCACUUUUGGUGGGCUCGAAUCUUCAAGCGCUUCCUGAACCGGAUUUGCGAGACGUCCCGGCCAACCGGCUGGACAGGUACCAAUCAGCGCAGCAGAAGGUGCAACAGUUUUGGUACCGAUGGACUUCCGAGUACCUCAAGGAGCUACAACAUCAAGCUACAAUCAACCCACGAAAGGUCGGCCUCAAGGUUGGUCAAGUAGUGAUUGUCCAAGAUCAACAGCUUCCACCGAUUCGCUGGCCAUUGGCCCGCAUCAUGCAGCUCCACCCUGGUCAAGACGGCGUGGUACGCGUUGUGACCAUACGUACCGCUUCUGGAGUCUUCAAGAGACCAGCGUCCAAGCUCUGUCUUCUACCGUCGGCGAUGGAGGAAGACACCGUAGGAACAGCAGAAGAUACUUCAGAUAAGUGAAUUACUGUUACAAAAUAUUCGACAUCAAUGAAUUGCAUUAUUAUUGUAAUUUUGAAAUAUUCAUUUCGGUGGCCGGUCUAUGUUAGGAUUAGAAAUAUUUCAACACAAUAUUUAAAUUUAAAUUUCGCUAUAGAAUCCAGCUUCUACCAAAAUUGCGUAUUGCAACGCACUCUCACAUUGUAUUGUGUAAAAACGCACUCGCAUUCCAUAAGCUAAUUAGGCGAUUUUGAGCUUCCUUUUUUCGCUGUCGCCCAACCAGACCGGUCACCAGCACAGUAGUGUAGAUAGAUAUAGUUAAUAAACCACCGUGAACUCAGCCACAUGCAAAUAAAGUGCCUCUUUUAGUGCAAAAUAAAUUCGGUUUUCGAUCAGUAAUCGCGUCGUUUUAUGUGCCCAAGUGAUUCUCCGAAAAUUACGCCCGUGAUUUCGACCCCGUUCAGAACAGAUACCACGUGUCAAAAUGUUCAAUGGGCCCCUUCUCAUUUCUUUAUAUAUACCGCCAGUAUGCACUGGUCAAAUUUUCAGCUACAUCCGUUAACAUUUUGGUGAUGCUAAACUCGUUGAAAGUUUGUUGGAAUGUUCGAUUUUUGCAUUUUAAUUAAAUCACAUAUUUGUGCCAUCGCCAUGAAUACGAGCCUAUUUGGCAUUCAUCCGAGGAAGAGGAAAUAGUAUCAUCAGUAACGCAUAAGAGUACCACAAUGCAAUAAGUUCAAAGGGGUCGUUCCGUAGCCCAUCGAAAGUCGGAGCAAGAAGCGGUGAUCAGGGUAGGUAAUAAGUGAAAGCCCUUUUUUCGAUCCACUAAAUGGUCGCCCAAAUCACCGAGAAGACAUUGCUUCAGGGGCUAGGGGCAACCUCAAGGUUAGCUGCGUAGCCUGCAGCAACGGACACCGAUGGCUCGCUUUGGGAAGUCCUCCAAAGUAGCAUGCUGGCGCCUAGGCUGUUUCCCGAGUGGUUGUUACCACUCUCUUUGUCCUCGGAAGGCAGGCAGGGUUGACACCACGUCUGCUUCCAACUGCACAUCGAGUAUGAAGAACAACCACGAACACAGCGAUUUCUCCUUCCCGUAAGUAAGGCCCUAUCAGCCAGCACACAGAAGGACGUGUCGACAUGGGGUCUCCACCUGCCCCGACCUUGCUGAGAAUCCCUUUCCAACCGCGGGCUUGGAUCCAACCCAGUAGACCGACGCCACGAUAACAAACGCUAUCAUGAUGUUCUCCCCGCGGCCACUUAACCGCUGAGAGGGUCGAUUUCGAUCGCAGGGCACCUCUUCUACCGAAUCUGAACUAGCCAUUCUCCGAGUCCACGCGCCACUUUCUCUGUAGCUCCAAGACGAUGAUGAUAGCAGUUGAACCAGCAUUCCAGCCAAACUCAUCCCUACACAUCCUCUGGACAAGAAUGUCCGGAUUUUUGUCCUCCCCGCAUGUGGCAAGCAUGCGGUCACGCAUUGUGCAGUAACACGGGCACACGAGCAAAACGUGUUCCACCGUAUACUCUAAACCAGACCGGACAUUCGGAUGGGGCAGCAGGGACGAAAGUCCUGGGGCCUGACGCACCCCCCACUUGUGAGUCAGCCGCGUAGUUGCUGGCUAAGAAUAGAUUAACCCCAAUUCA